AUAAAGACCUGUCACAUGUCACCACUGUGUGUGCCAUCAUGAGCCUCACCAGAUGCCUCCUGGUACAGACGGAGAUUAAAGAAUUUAUAAAGCAGUGCAUGCUGGCAGUGGGCACUAAAGCCAGUCAUGCCAGCAGCCUAGCAGAUGUGCUUGUGGAAGGAGACUUGCGUGGCCACUACAGCCACGGACUCAACCGCAUGGAUUUAUACGUAAAGGAGAUCCAGGCUGGAAUCUGUGCGAAGGAGGGCAAGCCGGUGGUGGAAAAGGAGUCAGUGGCUACGGCGCUCGUAAACGGGAACAACCUCCUGGGUCCAGUUGUCGGAAACUUCUGCAUGAGCUUAGCUCUGAAGAAAGCGCAAGAUGUGGGCAUCGGCUGGGUGGUGGCUAACGGCUCCAACCAUUAUGGCAUUGCUGGCUAUUAUUCCAUGCAAGCACUGAAAAAGAACAUGAUUGGGAUGUGCUACACUAAUACCUCUCCUCUAGUGGUUCCAACACGAGGCAAAGAGUGCACAUUGGGAACAAACCCUAUUAGUGUAGCAGCUCCUGCUAAGGAUGGAGACAGCUUUGAGCUGGACAUGGCAACCUCGGCUGUUGCUCUGGGAAAGGUGGAGCUUCAGGCACGCAAUGGCCGCUCUAUCCCAGAGGGUUGGGGUUGCGAUGCCAACGGCCUUCCUAGUUCUGACCCUAAGGCAGUGCUCUCCGGAGGAGGCCUGGUGCCUGUGGGAGGCAGCGAGACGACAGGAGGUUAUAAGGGUUAUGGCCUGGCACUAAUGGUGGAGGUGUUCUGCGGGAUUCUGGCUGGCUCGCACUACAGCAAGUAUAUACGCACAUGGAGAAUGACUAACUGCAGGGCAAACCUGGGGCAGUGCUUUGUGGCAUUAAACCCAGAAUUCUUUGCUGAUGGAUUCAAUGACAGAAUGUCUGAUCUGCUGUCCCUACACAGGAACCUCGAGCCAGCUGGGCCCAAUAUGCCUGUAAUGGUCCCAGGAGACCCGGAGAGGAGACACAACCAGUCUUGCCAUGAGCUGAAUGGCAUCCCGUACUCCUUGAGUGUGGUCAAGCACAUGAACGAGGUUGCCAGCACUUUGGGAGUGACUCCUCUGCUGCCCACCAACAGACUCAUCCAGUAACCAGUCAAGACAUCUGCUGUAAAGAGAAGCUGGAUUUCCAUUAAACAAAAAUAAAAUACUCCUGAAAUA